AUGGACGUCCGGAAUAUCGGCAGCCUCUUCAAGCGCGCUGGCGGCGGUGGCGGUGGCGCGGAGGGUAUUGUCUACAUUCCCCCUCCAUCGAUCGGCCAUGAGAUAGGCGUGAUGUUCGGUGGAAUCGGGGCCAUGAUCUUGGUCUCGUAUUCUGUAGGCAUGCUGCUUUUCUUGGCGUGGUGGCGAGUCUAUCUGAAGCAUGAAGAAACCAAGGAGCGCAAGAGAGUGGACGACCUGAGACAAAGGGGGCUGCUGAAGGAGAGGGUGAAGAGCACCUCUCCGGGGUCGAAUGGAAACGGGCGGGAGAAGGCUGCGGCUUAA